GUGCUGCAGCAAACUGAUGAAAACUUCUUAGUCCGGAUUAUUUUUUCCGUCUCUGCCUCCAUGCAGGACUUCAGGGAUUGACCGUCCGCGGGCGGAUAUGCAGACUGGGCCUCAGGUGCUCUUCCCAUAUGGACACAAACAGCGUUGGUGUAGCAUGCUGGUUGAUGUUGUUUUGUUAUGCUAACAACAACAACACGCUACAUGUGCCAUGCUCGACUUAAUCCGAGUAGAAUGGGGAUUAGGCGCUAACAGCAGACUGUUUCUCGCCGGUCCAGCGUCGUUAACAGGGGAUCCUGGUGCAGACGGUGCCGCCCCGGCUGUGUGAUGGGGCUCUGGAAGAUCAUGAUGCCGCAGAAGAUCCAGCUCCUGGCGGUCCUGGUGUUCGGGGUGGCCGUGAUGCUGAUCGAGAAUCAGAUCCAGAAACUGGACGAGUCGAGAGCGAAGCUCGAGAGCGUCCUCCUCAAGCGAGAGGUGGCUGAGACUGAGCGGCGUGUCGGUGAGGACCAGCCGGUGGCGGCCAGAGGAGACAACACGGUCAUCAUUUACAACAGAGUGCCCAAGACGGCCAGCACGUCCUUCACCAACAUCGCCUACGACCUCUGCAGGAAAAACCAGUUCCACGUCCUGCACGUCAACAUCUCCCGAAACAACCCUGUCCUCUCUCUGCAGGACCAGAUUCGUUUUGUGAAAAACAUCACCUCAUGGAAAGAGAAGAAGCCCGGCUUCUACCACGGCCACAUGGCUUAUCUGGACUUCGCAAAGUACGGUGUGAAGGAUAAGCCGCUGUAUAUAAACGUGGUGCGGGAUCCCAUCGAGCGCCUGGUGUCGUACUACUACUUCCUCCGCUCUGGUGACGACUACAGGCGAGGCCUUCGACGGAGGAAACAGGGAGACAAGCAGACCUUUGAUGAGUGCGUGUCUUCAGGAGGGCCUGACUGUAAACCUGAGAAGCUCUGGAUGCAGAUCCCUUUUUUCUGCGGACACGUUUCAGAGUGCUGGAAUGUCGGCAGCCGCUGGGCUUUGGAACAGGCCAAAUACAACCUGAUGAACCAGUACCUGUUAGUGGGAGUGACCGAGGAGCUGGAGGACUUCGUCAUGAUCCUGGAGGCAGCGCUGCCACGAUUCUUCAAGGGAGCCACUGAACUCUACAGAACAGGUAACAAGUCCCAUCUUCGGAAGACCAAUGACAAGAAACCCCUUACCAAAGAGACGAUGGAGAAGCUGCGGCAGUCUGACGUCUGGAAACUGGAAAAUGAGUUUUACGAGUUUGUACUGAAGUACUUUCAGUUUGUGCGUGCACAUGCUGUCAGAAAAAAAGAUGGAGAACUUUACAUCCUGGCCCAGAGCUUCUUCUAUGAAAAGAUUCACCCCAAAGCAAACUGAAGAAGCUGCAUGGGGGGCGCUCAGAGGAAUUUCAAGUCAACUACACUGGGAGAACAAGACUGUAAGAGACGCAGUGUUUAUAAGGAGACCUUUCACAGAAAGUGGCUGUUGGACUGUACAAAGGAAUCUUCACCAGGGUUUCUUUUAAAUCUUGAAUUUCUGCUGCUGUUGUGGUAGUUUAACAUUUCGUCCUUAUUGAGUCCAAACACAAUGGACCAUCAGAAAUAGCAAUAUUACAAGGUAUAACUUGUUUUUGAGUUGAAUUUUCCAGGGAAAAGGGGCAUAGCUGAGUUUGGUUUGUGUCAUUUUUUCACACUUCACACUAGAUUUGAGAUGCAACUGUACUUAUUUGCAUUUUGUAGGUUAACAUUGGUGCAUUUGUACAUUCCAUAGUGAUAUGCAGUGAACGUUUUUCGGACCAAAUUAGCGGGGGGGGGGGGGGGCGGAUAUCCUGAAGUACCUGCUCACUGGAAAUGUCUCCAUGUGUUUUAACGCUUCACAAAAAUAUUUUAAUGAUCAAAAUGUUGCACCUUUAGUGACAAAAAGCUGUUUAAAAGAAGCACAAGAGAGAAGAUUAUCAAGAGCAACUAACAUGGGUGAUUACAGGGUUUGUUUUUCUAAGCAGGCAGAUACUGAUAGUGCCUUUCCUCAGAUGUUUCAGGAAGUCCUAGUUUUCAAUGUUACUUUUUCAGUGUUUUCUCUUGUUGGUUUGUUUUUUUUCCCCCACACUGACCACCACAUUAAACCCCCAAAGUAUACAUAACUGUAGAUGUUUUGGCCUCGUUAUUUCACAUCAGUUCUGUUGUGUUUGUGCAUGGAAGCAGCAGCAGCACACAGUGGCUGUAGUGUGAGCACUGUGGAAGUAUUUCCAAGUAUGAAGCAAAAGCAACUGAAAUGCCACCUUAUGGGGUGGAAAUGGCAGAAUGCCUUUAAAUCCAACCAAUUUGAUGUGAUGUCUAAAACAAAAUAUUUUGUGUUUGUAGAGCCUGGUUGACAGAUGCUGAGCCACUGCCAUACUUGUAUG